CUCAGAGGUAUAGUAAUAAAAGCAAGUGUGGAUAUGACUCAACCUUUGUAUGUGUGAACAGUAUGUAGUAGGGAGGGGCUGUGGGAGGACAAGUAUACCAAGGGAGAGAUAGGGAAGUCUGACCAGGAUAUCAGAUGGAUACGGCAGCACCUCACAGCUUCAGAUGACCCUCUCUCGCAGCUGUGAUCAUUUCUCUCCCUUCCUAACCACCAUCAUGGAUCUUUUGUCAAUCGCAAGAGGAUUUAUGACACUGAACAGAGCAGCUGCUCUGACUGACACCAGCUACCCCUUUCAAGUGCAUUUCUGAGACAAGGUGGACUCCUUCAGUAUGCCGGACCAUCCCUCUCCUCCCACAUGUCAGCGCCUCUUCCUCUGCGUCCUGUUGUUGGUGUGUGGUUGGAACAAGGCGGCCUGUUCUCCCGGGGAGGGCAAGAAGAUCUGGCAGCAGCCCAAGCCGGACCCCCUCAUCAAAGACCAGUCUUUUCUCCAUGGCAUCUUCCCCUCUGGAUUCCUCUGGGGUUCAGGGACGUCUGCCUUCCAGACAGAAGGAGCCUGGAGCCAUGAGGGGAAGGGAACCUCCAUCUGGGACCACUUCACCCUCUCUUCUGUCAGUGGUGAUUUGGCAACCGAGACUGCCAAUGUGGCUAGUGACAGCUACACUCACUGGGAGGAAGAUGUUAAGGCACUGGAGUUGCUAGGUGUAAGAUCAUACUCCUUCUCUCUCUCUUGGCCCAGGCUCUUUCCUGAUGGGAAUGCCAGGAAUCAGCCCAACACAGCUGCUGUGGAGCAUUACAGCUGCCUCAUAGAGAGGCUUCUGGAAAAGAAAAUCGAGCCCGUUGUCACUCUCCACCACUGGGACCUGCCGCAGGUCCUGCAGGAGCGAUAUGGAGGCUGGAAAAACGACACACUGGUGGGACUGUUUGAAGAGUAUGCUACCUUUUGUUUCCACACGUUUGGGAGUCGUGUUAAGUACUGGCUCACAAUGCAUAACCCAUACCUAGUGGCUGUACAGGGGUAUGGGACAGGUGUUCACGCCCCUGGAGAGACAGGGGGUCUCUCCAGCUCUCUCAUUGUGGCCCAUAACCUGAUCAGGGCACACGCCAAAGCAUGGCACACCUACAACACCAACUUCCGCUCAGCUCAGAGGGGUAAAAUAUCCAUUGUUCUGGGAUCCCACUGGGUCGAGCCUCAAAGAGGCCAAGCCACAACUGCCAAUGUUGAGCUUUGCCAGCAGUCAAUAGAGGCUGUGCUUGGCUGGUUUGCCAACCCCAUCUUUGGAGACGGGGACUAUCCAGUCUCUUUAAAAAUCAAGCAUGGGACCCUGCUGCCCACAUUCACCCCUGAGGAGAAGCUCUGGGUGCAGAGAACAGCAGACUUUUUUGCUCUGUCCUUUGGGCCUAACAACCUCCGUCUGGGCCGGAACCUGGUCCCUUAUGGGCAGACGGUGACCCCGGACCUGAGGCGUGUACUGAGCUGGAUAAAGCUGGAGUAUGGGGACCCGAGGGUGCUGGUGGCUGAGGGAGGCUGGUUCUCUGAAGCGAGCGUGGGAAGGGAGGACACAGUGGCUACCUAUCUGACAAAGAGUUUUAUCAACCAGGUCCUGCAAGCUAUUAAGUUGGAUGGUGUGCAGGUGUUUGGCUACACUGCCUGGUCAUUGGUGGAUGGAUUUGAGUGGAAUUACGGCUACGCUGUUAGACGAGGCCUUUUCUACAUUGACUUCAGCCAACCAAACCGAACCAGGACCCCCAAGACCUCUGCUCAGUAUUAUCAGCGUGUUGUUGCUGAUAAUGGUUUCCUCAGAGAUGAAACCUCCACAGAAAUCAAUGGCCGUUUCCCUUGUGACUUUCACUGGGGUAUUGCAGACUCUACUUUACAGGUCCACUUCUACCCUUUCUCACCACAGUUUACUGACCCCCAUUUGUACAGCUGGAACCUGACUGGAGAUGGCGCACUGCGUCCAGUCCCAGGGGUGAAGCUCUACACGAGGCCAGCCCAGUGUACAGACUAUUUGGCCAUCCAUGGUCAUCUUCGCCUGUUUGAGUCCUCCGGGGCCUCUCACUACCGCUUCGCCCUAAACUGGUCUCUGAUUUUACCCCAGGGAGACCUCUCUAAUGUGAACACUGAAGCCCUGAGGUAUUACCGCUGUGUCCUGACCGAGCUCAAGAGGCUGAACCUGGAGGCUCUCGUAAUUCUCUACUACCCGACACACAGAGCUCCAAAUCUGGGCUUGCCUGGGCCAGUGCAUGCCUCUGGAGGUUGGCUCAACUACAGCACAGUUGAAGCUUUUCAGGAAUAUGCAGCUCUCUGCUACCAGCAGCUGGGGUCCUGGGUUCAAUACUGGAUCACUAUCAAUGAGCCGAACAGACUCGUAGAUGUUUAUUCCGGUGGAAGAGAGAAGCAUCAAGCAGCUCAUAACCUUCUUCUGGCUCAUGCAAAGGCCUGGAGGUUAUAUGAGAGGGAACAUUACAGUCAACAGAAAGCACUGGUAUCACUUGCACUACACGCUGACUGGGCCGAACCUGCCGUCCCCUUCCUGGACUCGCAUACGGCAGCAGCACAGAGAUUUCUUUUGUUCGAACUUGGCCGUUUCUUAGACCCGUUGCUGGGAGCCAGAUAUGAGGAGAAGCACAGCAAGGGGGGCUAUCCACAAGAGAUGAAGGCAUAUCUGGAAGAGAGAGCUCGAGUAAUGGGCCUGCCUGGAUCUCCUCUGCCUAGUUUUACUGAGAUGGAGGAGGAAGAGCUGAGAGGGGCUUUGAGUUUUAUCGCACUGAAUCAUUUUACCACGCGUUUGGUGUCUCCAUAUCCCCAUGCUCAAGCCAGUUUUCGUCAAAAACAACCCCCUGAUCAUGACUGUCAGAUCCUUUCUGACCCCACCUGGCCCUCAUCCAGUGUGGGGCAGGCUCUUGUACCCUGGGGCCUGAGGAAGAUCCUUAACUGGGUGAGCCAGAGAUAUGGAGGGGCUCUACCUGUCAUUGUCACAGCCAGUGGGGUUGAUGAUCAGGCUCCUGUAAAGGACAAACUCAGGCAACAUUACCUCAGGAGUCACCUGCAAGAGGCUCUAAAAGCUCGCCAGUUAGAUGGGGUUAACCUGCAGGGUUUCUACAUGUGGAAACUGCAAGAUCGAGACAGUCCCUCAUUGGGCUUUUCACGUUCAACCCAACACCAAUCCAAAGCCAAGGCCUCCGUCGCUGUCUACAGAGAUAUUAUCGCUCACAGUGGUUUCCCAGAAGAUGACACAGUGGAGACCUGCAGGUCGCACGAACCUUGCUUGGUGUGCGCGUGGAUGUUCAAGAACAAAGCCAUGCUGGUUUUUGGGGGCUGCCUCCUGGUUACAGCUGUUAUGUUGGCGUCACUCGUCGUCUUCGUUGUCAUCACCAAGAAAAAACAAGCAAAAGGCAGAGGGAGGAUGAUGAAUAGGGUGAGCAGGAGGAGAAGGAGGGAAGGAGUACCUGUGUGCUCAUGUCCUCCUAUUCUUAAGUGCUAACACUGUAGAAGAGGUUGAAUCAGUACUGUGAAGGCAGGCAAACUGUGUGUAGCUCAUUGACAGACAUUGACAUUGUGUCUGGUCCAUUAAUGCUUGUUGUGUGAUCAGGUUAUCCACAAUCACUGUGAAGAGGAAGUGUCUUCAUCCAUUUUAUGGUAAUAACUGUUUAUUUAGUUGGAGGGUAAUCAAUAAGAGGAACUGUGUAAAUUAUUUUAUACAUUUAUUAAAGAGAUGAGAUUCUGAGAUUAUGUGAGUUCUGUUGUUUACAGUAAAGGGGAACGAAUGCUUUAGAUAAAUGUUGUUGUUGCCUUAUUCCUGACCUUCACUGUGGAGAAAAUAUGUCAUUGUCAUGAUUCUAGUAUUGUAAUAAAGUCAGUUAGUGAUGA